UUCACGUGCGACGGAAUAAAUGAUGGAGGAUCAGAAGCUCGGGAUGCAGUAAUGCAACCAAAAGGCAUUUACAUUUGUCUUCCUGUUGGGCAGUUUCGAUUCGACUUUUUUUCCUGUAUCCUAUUAUCCGUAUAUCCAAAAUGUCUAAAAUGCUUGACAUGGCAGCCAAAUCAAAGAUCACUCGACAGAAGUUGGCGAUCGGCACGGCAGUUUGUGUUUUGGCUGCCUAUGGCGUCCGCCGUUACUACACAAAUGUAACUUCAGCUUUAAUAGCCCAGUCAAGAGGCCAGGCAAAAGUGCAUAAGAAGGCAGACGACCGAGCAAAAGGCGAUUCUAAAACAGGCGUAGAUGAUAUAAAUACAAAAAAGAGUUCUCCAAACGUGAAUAAACUGUUUUACGUACAGUUACGCCGGCUGUUAAAAAUUAUUAUACCUGGAGUUUGGUCCAAAGAAUUUGGCACGCUGGCAUUUCACACAGCAAUCUUAGUUACCAGAACGUUUUUGUCAGUUUAUGUGGCCAGACUAGAUGGACGUAUAGUGAAAACAAUUGUGGAACGAGAUGUUACCAAGUUUCUGUUUCAACUGACCAAGUGGCUGCUGGUUGCAGUGCCAGCCACUUUCAUCAAUAGUUUAAUUCGCUUUCUUGAAAACCAGCUUGCCCUGGUGUUCCGGACCCGCCUUGUAAAUCAUGCAUAUUCCAUGUACUUCAGUGAUCAGACUUAUUACAAAGUCAGCAAUCUGGAUAGUCGCCUAACCAAUGCUGACCAGUGUCUGACAGAGGACAUUUCCAUGUUUACACAGUCUUUGGCUCAUCUUUAUUCUCAUUUGACAAAGCCUCUUCUAGAUGUUGCCUUGAUUUCAUUCACUCUGUAUCAGCUGGCCAACAGUCGGGGUGCCAGUUCCAGGAUCCCGGUGGCAGUAGCAUCGGUUGUGGUGUUUGUGACUGCCAACAUUCUAAGGAUUGUGUCACCAAAGUUUGGGAAGUUGGUGGCAGAGGAAGCCAAAAGAAAAGGAAAUUUGCGGUUUAUUCAUUCCAGAAUCAUUACUAAUGCAGAGGAAAUAGCAUUUUAUUCUGGCCACAAGGUGGAGAGGAUGCUCUUGGAACAGAGCUAUACCAGUCUGGCAGCACAGUCCAGUCUAAUCUACCUGAAGCGUUUGUGGUACAUUAUGCUGGAGCAGUUCUUAAUGAAGUAUGUCUGGAGCGCUAGUGGUCUCAUCAUGGUUGCAGUUCCCAUCCUCACAGCCACAGGAGUUCGUUCUGAUGGAACACGUGUGGAUGAUGACCCAGACGGAGGAGUGAGUGAGAGAACACGUGCUUUUACCACAGCCAGGAACCUGCUGAUUCAGUCAGCAGAUGCCAUAGAAAGAAUGAUGUCUUCAUAUAAGGAAAUCACAGAACUGGCUGGCUAUACCUCUCGUGUCUCAGAAAUGUUUGAAGUAUUUGAAGAUGUCAAAAAUGGCAACUACAAAAGAAACACUGUCACUAAAGCCAAGUCUAAAGUCGCACAUGAACGAAUUGAGGGUCCUCUUUUGCAAAAAGGUGAGGUGGUUGAUACUGAAACAACCAUAGACAUUAAAGAUCUGCCAAUCAUCACUCCCAAUGGUGACAUCAUCGUUCCCAGCUUGACGCUUAAGGUGGAGACUGGCAUGCAUUUACUCAUCACUGGACCAAAUGGCUGUGGCAAGUCAUCUCUUUUUCGAAUCCUUAGUGGACUGUGGCCAGUUUACAGCGGUCGCCUUUGUAAACCACCGCCUUCCUCGAUGUUUUACAUUCCCCAAAGACCCUACAUGUCAAUUGGCACCCUGAGAGAUCAGGUCAUCUACCCAGACACUGUGUCAGACAUGCAGAAAAAGGGUGUUGCAGACAGCAAUCUUGAAGAUAUCUUCAAUACUGUGCAUCUGCAGCAUAUUGUGCAUCGUGAAGGAGGUUGGGAUGCAGUCAGUGACUGGAAAGAUGUGUUAUCAGGGGGAGAGAAACAGCGCAUGGGAAUGGCACGUAUUUUCUACCACAAGCCUCAGUUUGCUCUACUUGAUGAAUGCACAAGUGCAGUAUCCAUUGAUGUUGAAAGCAAGAUGUAUCAGAGUUUGAAGGACUGUGGCAUCACUUUAAUGACCAUUACACACAGGCCUACGUUAUGGAAGUUCCAUACGCAUCUCCUUCAGUUUGAUGGGGAGGGUGGUUGGCGUAUGGAGACUCUAGACACCAACACCCGCCUGUCUCUUAAUGACGAGAAACAGAAGCUGGAGGCACAGCUGGCUGGCAUGCCUCGUAUGCAGGAUCGCCUGAGAGAACUGUGCUCCAUUCUGGGUGAAGAAUCUGUCCUUCUUCACUCUGUAGAGAGCUGCGCUGAACUGGAGAACCUUCAAGAGCAAAGAAGUACGCUCCUUCUGGUCAAACUGGUGAGUCAUGACAGUCAACUGUGCAUUUUCUUGAAGUUAAAAUAUAAGAUGUUGCGGCCAUUCAGUUGAGAGAAGUGUGAUAUCUAGUCUGGAUGGUUUGUGUUCAGAAUCUUCUGCAUGAGAAGCUGCAUGAAUAUGUCUGGGAUAUUUCAGUUAGCAGAUAAGGUCUUAGAUGCAAAUGUGCCUAUUUGGGAAUGUUUUCUGUAUGCUAGAUUCAGAGAUAGUUUUUUUCUUGAAGGUUAUCUUUAAUUCUCCAGUCCCAAUGCAUCACUGCAGUUGACUAUAAUAAAUUGGAGUGUACAAGUUUAGAAUGGGGAAUGUUGGAAAGUGUGUCUCUUUUCACCUAUUUUUAAAUAUGCCAAGACUUGUGGUAAUAUAGAAAGAGGUUAUUUUUUGUUGUUUGUGUCAGUGUAUUUAAUGUAUGAAUUAAGUGGAUAAUUUGUCUUUAAAUAUUUUCAUGAUUAAAGAAAAUGUCAUUUAGAUUUUCAUGACUAUGCUGUGGCAAAUUAUGAAUCCUUAUCAGGUUAGAAAGUAUUUCUUGUUUUGAAAGUCUAUUAUCAUUCCAAAUGCAUGAAUGAUUUAUGAAAUAAGUGAUUUAUGCUGUGCACCUUUAGAAAAUGUGCACCAUUAACACAUAUCUGUUGUCCGAAGACAUGUAAUUGUUUACAGCUUGCUUUCAAGCAUUCAUUUUUUUAUUGCAAUUGUGUAUAUUGUGUAGAUAAUGAGGUAUGCCAUUUAGCAAAUCUUAGAAAUAAGGACUGUACAUGCAGAGUGGGACUCCUGCAUCUACUGUCAUUUCAGGCAGCCCAUGUUGGAAGUUUCUUUUCUAAGAUUCUUGUAACUUGAUUGAUUAUAAAUUUAUUAUGUGUUGGCUGUUUGGUGUUGGUAUAUGGGCAGAUAAUGUAUAUGUGAAAAUGAUGCAAAAGAUCAUAUUCAUAAAAUGGUCCCAGGAAGUUACAUAUUCCCAGGAAUCAGCAACUACAUAAAUGAGUUACCUUUCUGCUCUGGUAAACCUGACUUGGUUUCCACUUUUUAUAGAUUUGUAUUUAUUGGAAUUGUGGUGAGAAAGCCUUUCUUUGUAAGUAUAUUGCUGUUUAUUUUUUAAAGGGUGGGAUGGGAGGAGUGUGCUGUCCUUACAGAAGAUUUUGUUUGCUUUAUAUUUCAUCAGCUGCACACCAAUGCAAAUUUAAAAUAAAGAUGUAAAUAGAGGUUUUAAAUAGAGUUAAAAAUAUUUAAUGCUAUUAAAGAUUUUUCAUUAAAAUGAAUGUGACAGUACAUUAAAAAAUUUUUUUUACUUUUAUUUCAGUUUGUUUAUCCCUUUUCAAACCAGUAGCUGUUCACUGGUUCAUCUUAACAGUUUUUUAUUUGAAGACAUACCAAAGAAAGGCUUGUUUCCAAAAUAUUGUGUCCCUGAAAGACAUAUUCAAGUAAAAUGUCAAAAAUAAUGCAUAGCUAGUUUUAGCAUUCUUUAAUUUUGAAAAAAUAAAAUUUCAGGUCAGAAAUUUGGAAAGCUUUUUGAUUAUAGUUUGCAACAAGAACUUUUAUUUUCUCUCUUUACCUACAUUUCUAUUUUCUCUCUUUACUUACUGGAAAUGAUGAAACACAUUGACUGUUUAGUGUUUUUCAGAAUUGACUGUGAUCAUUUUUUUGGCCAUGUUUUGUUGUUGUAUUGUAUUUAAUUUUUUCAGUGAUAUGAUGUUUUUUCAUGGCAGUGUUUUUUUACUUACUUUAAUUUUCCUUUAUUUUAAAUUAUUUUUAAAAUUUAUUCAUGAAUAAUACUAAAAUUUCAUCAAUCAAAUCUUCAUGAAAGGUUUGUAGUUGGCUAUCCCCUCCUUUGAACAAGAUUUGCAGCUUAGGUCAUUAUUAGAAAACAUGAGCUUUUCUAUGACUUUUUUCUUGGAUUAAACUCAUGUCACAAACAUGAGUACUUUACAGCUUUAACAUUCAUGACAAUUGCACAUUUUUGCAACAAAUCUCGCCUAGAGAUGUAGAUUGAUCACACCAUCCCUGCUUGUUUUCUCAUCAUGUGAAAAAGAUACCUGGCAUGGUUAGAUGCACUAGGUUGCCAACUACACACAUUUCGGGAACCACUUACUGCACCGAGGAAAGGUUAACUCCCCUGAAUUUCCCUCUAGGAGUCUAGGCAAUCAGUUAAACACAGGAUGCGAUUCUCUGUAGGGUUCCAUUGUUUGGUACUCCGACAGGUGAUGCUAGCCGGUGUGAUCCUUCGACACAGAUGAUUAUCCUCUGGGCCACUGUGGCAUCACUAGGAGGGGACAAAUACCCCUUCCCCCAAACUGUGACCUGUAACUUUUAUGUUAUCUAAAAGCACUUAUCUUUCAUCUACUGUUUCAUUCAUACUAUCCUCCGUCCAAGCAUGAUACUUAUUUAAAAAUUUGUGUGCUGUUACAGUAACAGUGGUUCAAUUGGACAAAGUUCAACACUCAUAAAGUAAAAAGAAUUUAUGCAAUAUGCAUAAAUGGAGCAUUUUUGACUUGUCUUGGCGAGGUAGCAAAUGCAAAGCAAGGCCUGUGGGUACAUCUAACUCCAGUAUGUCCAUCAGACUCUUGCUGUCUUACAUCCUUUGCUGUUGUGGGAACCCCCCAAGAAAACUGCCUCCAUUCAACCGUUCAUUCAGUCGCUCACCCUUGCUCACUCACUUCCGCCUUCCUUGUUGCGAACACCGUAUUCACUAAGGUAACUUGCCAAGCUCAGCUACGCAAGGAAAACUUUGAUGAAACUGAAAAUCGUUCCUAUGACUUUGGCAUUAAAGUUUUUAUGCUUGUGUGAUCUGUCUGUAGCGAAAUGAGCACCAUGUUGCAGAAGUGUUUUGUUUUUUUUUACACAAAUAAAGCAGUGUCUGAGGAUUCAGCACUAGUGUCAUUGAAAAAAAAAUAUACUGGAUGGCUUUCCUUUGGUAGGUUUGUAGGCAUAGAUGGUCAUAUCCUCAAAGGUUGUCCCUGUUAUAGCCACGUUUUGGUUGGAUGAUCUCACGUUAACAUUUACAACAUUCUUUUGUCUGUUGUUCUUCCCUGCCUCUGUGAAAUCCAUGGAGAAUUCUCAGAUUUUGUGUAUUUUAGCUACAGAUAUCUUAAAAUAUAUUCUUACAUAUUCCUAGUAUUGGAUAAGUAUGACAUAUUAGUCUCCCAACCCCAUUAACAUUUUACAGUUCAUUCAAACAUGGAUAUUGGGGAAACAUUAACCUAGUAGACAUGCAAAAAGAAAUUGUAAAUAGUUUAUCUGUGCACAUGACAAGCAUUUGUCUCAGAAACUGCUACCCCAUUUGCAUUUUAGCACAUGGUAGUUGUUAGUGUUAGGUUAGUGCUCUUUUUAACUGUUUGAAGCAUUAUCACUGAAUAGAUUGCAUUUUUCUAGGUGUAAUGCCAUAGUCAUUGUUCAUAGAGUCCUAACAUUGCAUUGUGAACUUAAAUUUAAUAUUUACAGUAUCUGAAAAUUCACCCUUUAUGCCUUUGUUUGCUUGUGAAUGUGUGUGAUAUUUUUUAUUCUGUUUUAUCUACUCAUGCCCCACCAUCCUUCAGUCAGCUUGUGCUGAUCUCUUUGUGCCACCCAUCAGAUGAGAGAAAUUCAGCAGACAUUCAUCUUUUCUGUCCCCAUCAUUUGGAAUUUUCUGCCCCUUUUUCAUCAAUCUGUGUACAUUCAAAGCUUUCAAGCACAGGAUCAAAACCUUUCUCUUGUUAUAGUCCAGCUAACUCGCCAACUUACUCCUUAAUUGUUCAUCUUUGUACACGCACUUCAUUCAUGACUUUCAGAAUGUCAUCUUAUCUAUUUCUUCAUUACAUGAUUAACUACCAAUUCAUUUAUAAUCAUGCACUAUCUAUCUAUCUAUUCCUCUUCGUGCAUCAGGUUGCACAUAAGGCCUCAACCAGAGUCCGCCACCGAUGUCGAUCGGCUGAAACCCGCUCUAGAUGACCCCAUGUCCAGACCUUUCCUUUCA